GAUUCGCGCAAACCGUCACUUGUUUUCAUUUUGAUCUCAAACAAGAAGACAGCGGGAAUUUUUGAAGUGCUGGUUAAAUUUACAUGUUCAGGACACACUUCCUAAUAGCCAAAGUGGAGGAGGCAAGGGCAUCAAGCAGCUGAGAGUAGAAAGCAGCGGGAGACUCCUAAAACAGCACCACAAGGAGAGAAAACCAUGUCUGCUAAAAGCAAAAAGGAUUUUGUGGCAUGGUAUGGCUCAGGGUCCUGGAAUACCUACAGUCUGGAGGAAUACAGUGGGCCAGACUUCAUUACAGCCACCAGCAUUGCCAGGUCCAUGAAAGUGUUUGAGCGGCACUUCAAGAUAGACAUGGGCAUGGUGUCUGACUCACAGCUGCUGUUCUGGACGCUGGAGCUGGAGGAGCGUCGGGACACACCCGUCACUCGGUCACAGGCCAGGCUGCGCAGAAAAUUCUGAAGAAGACUUUUAGAUUUGCCAUCAGCAGUGAGGAUCAUCUGUUGUUUUGCAACAAAAUUAUCUCAGCAGACAUGCAGAGAAAACUUUCAAGAGCUCUCUCUUGUAAUUCACUGAAAAUUAUGAAGCUGAGAGGCAGUGAUCCAGUCAACCUUUUGAUGAUGUUCAAACAGUCAAAGAAACACUCACCAGACCUCCUGAAGUUAAAGCACGAGGAGCACCUGUUCAGCUUGUUAGAGAAGGUCCAGCACUGUGGACUCAUGAAAGGUAAAGACAUUACAAAUGAGAUAGCAGAGGCAGCGAAGACCACAGUAUUUCAGACCUUGGGGAGCCAGAGUGAAGCAAUACCACGUGUGAGGAAAAUCGACGUCGUCCUAAGGAAUAUGCAUCAUAAAGAUGUUUCACUACUACCCAACUUCCGGUGGUCUUAUAUUGAGGCUGAGGUGUGUGCCCCCUCUGUCUUCCACCUGUACAGAGAAGCUGGGAUGCUGAAUAUUUUAGAUGUUCCUGAGUGGUUAAACGUUCUAAGAGUCAGUGGUAAGACAGAAAUUGAAGCAAGAUUUGAAUGAUUUGUAUAAGUUAACACUAUAAGCUUUAAGAAGUAUGUAGAAAAUCUCAUUAUUCAUUUAAACAAGGCCAUAAACUUUCCAUUAAAAUUUUUAUAUUCUCGGUUUUUAUAAUUCAAUAUUUUGAGAUAAUUUUUUGUUAAUGUCACUAGAAAAUAGACAUGCUGGAAAGGAAGUGUUUCUAGACAGUUAACUGGUGUGAUGUACUAUGGUAGAGUGAUGAAAUGCUAUGAUCACUAUGUGGAAGCAGACUGGUACAGUGUGUUGUCAAGAGCAGAAUUAGGAGUGGUCAUGCAGUCUUGCCAUUGCUCAUAUUGAGUACUGUUGUGAGGCCCUGUAUUCCACUGACAUAAAGCCAUGUGUUUUCAUGCAAGAAGUAUACAUUAUGUGUCAUAUACAGAUAAAACUUCUUGACCUCCUGUCACCUGCUGCCAACUCUCACUUUAGAGUUUGCUCUUGCUGUGCUUUCAAAUCAUGUAGUUAUUUACACUGUAUGUACACACUGCACAUAAAACAGUGUAUAUCUGCCACUACACCUUCAUUGCAUUUUCUCAUCAUAUGCACUGCAUCUGUAUGUACAUACACAUCACCACUCAUGCUACUUACAGCUAGCGUCAAAAUAUCAUUGCCCAGUAGUGAGUCUUUCUGCACAGUCAGCGUGAGGGUACAGGAUACACCCAGUUCCUGCAGCACAUUGAACAAUAAAGAUAUACAGAGGGCCUGUCUAUCGUGAUAUGCAAGUCAUCAAAUGGUCUGCAGCUCUCACAACAUUCCCAUUUCCAAAAAAUUUUACAAAAUCUUGUAUAAAUUUUAAAUUUUUAGAUAAAAAUUUCUUUAUAUGAAAACAAAAUACAUCUUUAUGAUGUAAUUUUUUACAUUUAGCCUACUAUAGAAGUAGAAGUAUAGGAAGUGUCAGCAUGUUAUUUUGUUUCUCUUUGUAUAUAGUAUUUAGUAUGAGAGUCUUCUAUUUUAAUAUUGUUUAAGUUUUAAAUUCCAUAACAAGAAUAACUCAUAUUUUAUCUUGAAGUACAGUUGCAUUAUCAAAACUAAAAUAGUGAUUAUAUUUUCUUUCCUCCACCAAUGGUUUGCUGCUUGUAUUCCAUCCCUGUGACAGAUCUUACCCAUCACAGGACAAAACAUUACACUUAUUUCUCAGAUAGUUGUAUAUGUCCUUUGUCACUGAUGCACUGGGGAGAAUAACUACAGGUUUCUUUUAGUAUUGAAAAAUUUAAUCCUUACAUUAUGCAGUAUCUGUCGUCUCAUACUGUACAUACAAUAUACAUUUAUCAUGAAAUGUA